ACGUAUUUUGUUCACAGUUAUUCAAGCAGCAAUUCACAAAUGAACACGUUUUCGUUCUAAAUUUAUUGAAACCAAAAUCCAAAAAAAGAUACGACCUUGUAGUCACACCACAUAGACAAACAACAGGAUACAUAAGAACAAAACGACAUGGAUCCCAGUUUCGAGGCACAUGAUCGGCCGCUAUAUGACAUCCAGAUUGACGAGGAGCUGCAGAGGCCUUCGUUUCGAGAUCCUGUUCACCAUCGCGUGCUGGUUAUUUACACUGGAGGCACGAUAGGAAUGUGCGAGGAGCGUCGUGGUGUGGGGCUGGCUCCGCAGCCGAACUUCCUCGGCAAGACUAUCAGUGAGUUGCCGAUGAUUCACGACAAGAACUUCGCAGAUCUGAGAUCACUCGUCAGCCCGCCAUUGCUCACAGCACAGGUGACUGGAUUGGCUAGCAUGGGCAAUGGCACUCUGUUCGUGAUGCCCGAAUCACAACAGGGAAUUCGGGUGGAGUUCGAGAUACUCGAGUACCAGCCACUCCUCGACAGUAGCAACAUGACACAGGAAAACUGGUGCCAGAUGGCAAGAGACAUCAGGAAAUACUACGACAAGUUCGAUGGAUUCAUCAUCCUCCACGGAACAGACACCAUGGCUUACACUGCGUCUGCACUGUCCAUGAUGUGUGACCACCUCGGCAAGCCGAUAGUGUUGACGGGGUCCCAGGUGCCUAUUUUUGAGAACCGGAGUGACGCGAGGGAGAACUUGAUGGGAGCUCUUUUCUGUGCAGGACACUACUCCAUUCCAGAAGUAUCAAUCUUCUUCAAAAAUAAACUCUACAGGGGAAACCGUGUGUCGAAGGUUGACUGUUCUUCUUACCAUGCGUUUCACUCUCCAAAUAUGCAGCCAUUGGCAGACAUAGACAUGUAUGUGAACAUCCGCUGGGACAUUAUCUACAGGGCCCGAGAUCCCAGGGAAUUUUCCAUCCAGGCCAAGAUGGAGCCGAACGUGACCAUGUUGCGCUUCUACCCAGGCAUGACAGUCAAACUCAUCUCCAACUUCCUCCGUCCCCCCGUGCGGGGGGUGGUGUUGCAGACAUUCGGAAGUGGGAAUGGACCAGAUGCAAAUAAGGAUAUUCUGAAGGCAUUCAAGGAGGCGUCAGACAAGGAGGUUUUGAUCAUAAACUGCACUCAAUGCUACAAGGGCGGGGUCUCGCCAGGAUAUGCAGCUGGCGUAGCGCUGGAGGAAAGUGGAGUGGUGCUUGGGGGAGACAUGACCCCGGAAGCAGCUCUGACUAAGCUGGGCUAUGUACUGGCUAAAGAUGACCUGUCCAUUGAUGAGAAGAGGGAGUUGAUGAGGCAGAAUCUGAGAGGAGAGUUGAGUGUGGAGAAUGUUGCUAGGGGAGAAAUUUCACUGCGUAACAAGGGUUUUCUGAACAAACUGGCAAAUGCCCUGCAGUUGACCUCGGCACCUGAGUUAAUCGAACUGAACAAUGCAAUCAUGCCGAGUCUGCUGUGUGCUGCGGCUGCGAAUGAAGACGGAGGCACGACUUUGAGGACUCUGUUGUCGAGCUGUGAGGGAAAGAGGAAAGUCUCUUGUGCUGAUUAUGACAGAAGAACCCCGCUGCAUGUUGCAUGUUCGGCAGGUAACGAAGCGUGUGCUCGCUACCUGGUGAAGCAUGGAGCGAGUGUGCAUCUGAAGGACAUGCAUGGAGACACUCCCCUGACUUGUGCUGUGAAGAGCAAGAGUGUGGCCAUAGUGGCCAUACUGGUCCAGGCAGGUGCACACUUUCCAUACACGGAGAGCACUAAAGUGGCAAAUGGUAUCAGCAUGGCCGCUUAUUACGACGACAUACAGUUACUGGAGGCCUAUGCCGAGGCGGGUGCUGAUUUCUCACAGCCAGACGUGCACGGAAACUACGCUUUGCAUGUAGCGUGCACAAACGGGAACCACAAGUCAAUUGCACUGAUGCUGCGACGUGGAGCUGAUCCUAACUGCCGAAACCAACUCACAAACGAGACCGCCUUCGAAAUUUCGACCCGACUUAACGAUGAAAUAGCUUUACAUGCUCUAGCAAGAUGGAACCAGAUCUAA